GGAAGCUCCGCCGUCUCACUCCCCGCAUGUCAGCAUGGCUGUUUGGCAGUGGUUCAAGAGCAUACAGCCCAAGACGCGCAUGAUGAUUGGCGUGGGCAUCAUGGCAUAUGCAGCCGCUGGUCUCUACCUAUCCGACAAGGCCGAGGAGAAAUUCGGUCUCACUCCAACUGAGCAAGAUCGAAAGCAACUACGAGAAGCUCUACCAAGGAUAUCGCCAGUCGAAAAGCGAAACCCGUAAUCAACCAACGAUGCCGGCGCGAGUAGACGAAGCACAAGUCGAAAAGACACCGAGAAGACUCAAAGAAACGUGUCAGAUAGGGAGAAACGUAACAGGAGAGUUGAAACGAAGGCAUAUGAGUCAUACAGAGAAUAGCAACCUUACAACCUCACCCGGCUCUUCUCCAUCCUCCUAUCACGCACUUUACGAACGUCAUCUUAGCAGUUGAAGCAAAAUUCCAGCUUUACUACAAUAACAAGGGCAAAACUGAAGUACAUUACUACAAGAAACUUGCACACUCUGCUCACCCA